AAAGCAUGAACGACCACCCUUUGCCCAUGCAGGCGGACUCAGCCCUUGUUGCAGCAAACACUUUUGACUUUUGCCAGCGAGGAGAGGGACUACUCCGCGUCCUUCGCCCGCUUUCUUUCUCUGACAAUAUUUGAGGACGUUUUGGCCGCGCGAGCUAACGGGGAGCCCGUGCCGGGGACGCGUCUCGGCGAAAACGCACUUCCCGCAUUCCUCUGCUGCCGAUUCGCGCGUCACUUGCUGGUCGGGGGGGGUCCUGUCAGGCAUGCUGUAGACCUGUCUCUCUGCACCAAGGGCGAUGAAGUUUGAGGUCCGGAUGAGCGGGACCAUGCGUGCACAAUUCAAGAGUCUAAGGGUGCUGCUUUUGUGCCUCACGAUUGCCAUCCACAUCUCAGGAGUGCAAGCAGGCGGGAAGAAACACAGUGGCCCAUGUGGGGGAAGAGACUGCAGUGGAGGCUGUAAAUGUUUCCCGGAGAAGGGCGCCAGGGGCCAGCCAGGGCCUCUUGGUCCUCAGGGGGCCCAGGGCCCACCAGGAAGAUCAGGGGAACCAGGAAUCCAAGGACAGAAGGGAGAGAAAGGUGACCAGGGCCGUGGAGGGAUCAUUGGCCCCAAAGGAGCUGUGGGAAUGACCGGUGUCCCUGGGUUUUCUGGAGCAGAUGGCAUUCCUGGCCACCCCGGACAAGCCGGGCACAGGGGGAAGCCAGGAGCGGACGGCUGUAACGGCACACAGGGAGAUGUGGGGACACCAGGGCUACUGGGCGAUGACGGCCUGAAGGGUCAUCCUGGUGAACCAGGGAGAAAGGGAGAGAAAGGAGAUUCUCUGGAGCUGAGUGUGUUUAUGGAGCGUUUCAGGGGUCAUCCAGGUUCACAAGGAUACCCUGGAUCGAAUGGCAAACCGGGUAACAUAGGAAAGGUGGGCACCCAAGGCGCUACAGGACUAAAGGGCCCCCAAGGGCCUCCAGGGCCACCUGGGCCAAAGGGUGCCAUGAGCAAAGUGCUAAAGGGUGUCAAAGGAGUGCGGGGUGACACCGGUGAGCCGGGGCCACCAGGGAACUCCACUCACCCCCACACGUCACCUCUCUCUGGGCCACAGGGAUGGAAAGGAGAUAAAGGUCUGAAAGGAGAAAGGGGAGAUCUGGCGGACAACAAAGGAGAAAGUGGCGUGGUCGGGAACGCGGGACCACGGGGCACGCGCGGCGAAGAUGGGCCGCCUGGACCUCGGGGAGACGUCGGUCAGCUGGGGGAACGUGGCAGAGACGGUCUGAAGGGGACCAGAGGAGACCCUGGAGAGCUGAUUGCAUCAGGACGUCCAUCAUGGACAUGGCCUCCUACUGUCGGUCCUCCUGGAGAGCCGGGUCCCCAGGGAGAGAGGGGCCCGGUGGGAGAGACAGGCUUCCCUGGUCCCCCUGGACUCCCUGCCAGUGCAACACAGCAACAAGUAUGGUCUUUAUUUGGGCCAUUAGGCUUUAAAGGGGUGGAGGGAGAAAAGGGCCCACAAGGUGAGCCAGGUAUUCCUGCCGUCACUUCCGGACCCCAGGGCAUCAGGGGCCACCCAGGACGACCAGGGCCUCCCGGGCCCAAAGGAUCAUGGGCAGAGUUCUUCAAGGGGGCUGAAGGCAGCAUGGGAAGGCCAGGCCCUGGAGGUUAUAAAGGAGAGAAAGGUGAUCACGGGCUCUGUGAGUGCAGUGUUGUGAACCAGAUACCAGGUCUGCCCGGCCCGGCAGGCGAGCUUGGUGAUGAUGGGAUGGCCGGAGAGUUUGGGCAGAAGGGUGACGCCGGAGACGAAGGACCACAAGGACACGAUGGACUUCCUGGAUUUCCUGGUCCCAGGGGUUUUCACGGUCCCAAAGGCAGGAAGGGGAACACCACCGUGGUCAAAGAUAAAGGAUAUCCUGGCAGCCCCGGGGAGCCCGGUCGAGGAGGCGAAUCAGGAGUACAGGGGGCUCCAGGUCAAAUUGGUGCCCAUGGGCUCCCUGGCAGCCGCGGUACACAAGGAGAGGGCCCCGUGGGAGAGCCUGGAGACAUAGGUUACUCCGGACACUCAGGUCUACCUGGUGUAGCCGGGCUGAGAGGAGAACCAGGCCAGGCUAUGGGAGCCGCCAGAGGCAGACCAGGUUUACCAGGAGAUGAUGGUUUGCCGGGCCAUGGUGGUGUUCCUGGUCCUCCCGGUAGCCCAGGAGGCUGUAGUCCUAAUGCAAGAGGAGAUGGAGGACAGUGGGAUGUAACAGGUGAUUGCCACGUCGUCCCAGGACCUCCAGGGUUUUCUGGUCCUCCAGGACCCACUGGAUUACCAGGUUUUCAAGGCCCACCAGGUCACAAGGGACCACAUGGUCCCGCUGGCACUGACGGAGAGAAAGGAGAAAGAGGAGAGCAAGGCACAGGAGGCUCUCCUGGACAUCCAGGUUUUGUCGGCAUACGUGGUGACUUGGGUCUACCCGGCAGCAAAGGUGUGGUAGGAAACUCCGGUUUACCCGGUAUCCGCGGCCGGGACGGGUCACCAGGUGAGAAGGGUCUGCAUGGUGAGAUCCUCGACGCAUCGCAUGGACCUCCCGGUGACUCGGGCCCACCAGGGUUUCAGGGAGUUAAAGGCAUUGACGGAAAUCAAGGAGAGCCAGGCUACCCAGGAAUGGCUGGCAUGCCUGGUAUGAUUGGCUUUAAGGGUGAGGUUGGCCCUCCAGGCCUACAAGGGAAGGAAGGGAGACCUGGACCAGAUGGGAAGUAUGGCUACCCUGGUGUGCCUGGAAUAGCAGGCCAACCUGGAUCACCUGGGGUCUUUGGAGAAACAGGACUGACUGGAGAGAGGGGAAGUGAUGGGUCCCCGGGCCCUCCAGGUCCAAUUGGACUCAAAGGCAACCCAGGGUCUUCUGGUGACAAUGGCACCGUAGGAGAGAGUGGUCCUCCAGGAUACCACGGAGUGCCUGGCCCAGACGGCUUUUCAGGCCUUCCAGGACUUAAGGGGAUUAAAGGUUCUUCAGGAAUGUUGGGCUUUGUGGGGAACGUGGGAGACCCAGGAUUUGAGGGGCAUAGCGGCCUAAAGGGAGAGCCUGGGGUCCCAGGUCUGGCUGGCGAUAAAGGAGGCAUGGGCACGAGUGGAGAAAAGGGUGAUCGUGGUUUGAGAGGACCACCAGGGGAAAAGCCUCACGUUCCUCGUCAGGUCAUCGCUGACAUGAAGGGAGCCAAGGGUGACCAUGGAACAUCAGGGGAAGAGGGUUUCACUGGACCCAGGGGUGAAAAGGGUUUUCCUGGUCUUCCAGGGUACGAGGGCACUCAUGGUCUUCCCGGAGACCCCAGCCAUGAGAAGGGUCAUCAAGGCGACCUGGGCGCAGAAGGACUUCCAGGGCCAAAGGGAAUGCCGGGGCAAACUGGAAACCGUGGAAUCAGCGGCUUCCCAGGGAUGUUUGGCAGCCAGGGGGCUAAAGGUAGCCCUGGUGCCUAUGGUGCUUCAGGAGAUUUUGGACGGAAAGGAGUCAAAGGUGAUAAGGGUACUUGUAUCGACCUUCCCGGAUCAACAGGCCUGAGAGGAGAGAUUGGUUUCACUGGGGAAACAGGCCAGAAAGGACUAUUGGGAAACUCUGGAGACCAGGGCAGCCCGGGUUUUGAUGGUAUCGUGGGGAUGAAGGGCGGGCUGGGCGAUUUCGGCUCAGAAGGCCUCACAGGUUCAGAUGGACAGAGAGGAUUUCCUGGUAAACAAGGUCAAAAGGGAUCUCCUGGGAUUCCCGGGGGGUCAGGGAUCUCUGGCUUACCUGGCCUCCCAGGAAACAGAGGUUUCCCUGGACUGAAGGGUCUUCGUGGACUAGAUGGACUGGCUGGUCAAAAGGGCAUCACCGGGGUUCCAGGUGUGGAUACCUACGGAUCCUCCGGGGAGCCAGGGGUCAAAGGGCAGAGGGGAGAGAGCGGUAUUCCCAACAACGAGGCCGGUGUCCAGGGCAUAGAGGGCUCCAAAGGCUCCCCUGGAUCCUCAGGUGAACAGGGAGUACCAGGACCCACAGGGUUUAGAGGAGCCCCAGGACUCGAGGGGACCCCAGACAUACCUGGACACACUGGGGACCCCGGCUCCCCAGGACCUAAAGGAUAUACAGGCUUCCCUGGACCCAGAGGAGUUGCAGGGUUUGAUUCCCCCCCUGGAGAGAAGGGUCUGCCUGGACAAUAUGGAUUCCCUGGAUUCCCUGGUCUCAAAGGAUACAGAGGGGACCAAGGUCCAUCUGGAUACAGGGGACCCAGUGGGGUGUCUGGGAGGAAAGGAGUGAAAGGGGAACAAGGAAUGAUGGGUCUCCCCGGUCCUUCCGGUACUCUGGGAAACAGAGGACCAGUCGGUCCAAAAGGAGACACUGGACCCAAAGGUUCUCUUGGGGCUCCGGGCAAGCAGGGUCCUCCUGCAACUCCCAUCCGAAUCCCAGGAGAGAGGGGCCCUCCAGGACCACAGGGACGGUGGGGACCACAGGGGCCCAAAGGGGUCACAGGGCCACACGGAUUUCCUGGAGAUCAAGGUUUCUUUGGACCAAAGGGCCAGAAGGGAAUGCCAGGGAUCGGUGGUCGGCCAGGUACACCUGGAUACCGUGGAGAUGUUGGACAAAUGGGCCAUCCUGGUCUGCAGGGCAUGGAAGGUCACCGUGGUAACACCGGUAUCCCUGGGUUACCUGGGAUGCCUGGCCGAAGCAUCAAUGUGGGUUACCUGCUGGUGAAACACAGCCAGACAGAGCAGACCCCCAUGUGUCCGGUGGGGAUGGCGAAACUGUGGGACGGAUACAGUCUGCUGUAUUUCGAAGGUCAGGAGAAAGCCCACAACCAGGACCUGGGAUUGGCUGGAUCUUGCCUCCCACGGUUCAACACCAUGCCCUUCCUUUACUGCAACCCGGGAGAUAUCUGCUACUACGCCAGCCGAAAUGACAAGUCCUACUGGCUGUCCACGACCGCACCUCUUCCAAUGAUGCCCGUGGAGGAGGGAGACAUUAAGCCCUACAUCAGCCGCUGCUCGGUGUGCGAGGCUCCGUCCGUUGCCAUAGCAGUCCACAGCCAGGACAUCACCAUCCCUCAGUGCCCCUUGGGCUGGCGCAGCCUCUGGAUCGGCUACUCUUUCCUCAUGCACACGGCGGCAGGGGACGAAGGGGGAGGUCAGUCGCUGUCGUCUCCUGGCUCCUGCCUGGAGGAUUUCCGCACCACGCCGUUCAUCGAGUGCAACGGGGCCAAAGGCACCUGCCACUACUUUGCCAACAAGCACAGCUUCUGGCUGACCUCCAUAGAUCAGUCCUUCCAGAGCGAACCUGUGUCAGAGACCCUCAAAGCGGGGCAGCUCCUGUCCCGCAUCAGCCGCUGUCAGGUCUGCAUGAAGAACCUGUGAGCCAGACUCCCAACAUUUCAACAUUUGCUUUCUCAACACCACUAACAGGAAAGAAAAAAAAAAGUCUUCGAAAGACAAUUCGUUCCAGUGUCUUCUCUCCGAGUAUUACACCAACGCAACCGAGUAGAAUGGGAAAUACUGAAGUACUUCGAUAAGUGCGACUGGCUGAGAGAUGGAAGGACUGUGCGACUUCUCACUGACGCAGAAUGGAGGCCCUGUGAAGUCCACAUGGAAAGUGUAAUUUUUUUUUAAUGUAUAAUGAUUGGAUGGUGCUUACUCUUAACUUAUUACCUCAGCUACUGCGAUGCAGCAUGUCUGAUCAGAGAUGACACACUACAGCUGAACCAAAGAUGCCCAUGUAUAUGCACUGCUUCAGUUAAUACCGGUUUUUAUUUUAUGUUGUUUUUUCCUUCUUCUUUCGGGGUGUACAACCUCAACAUUACCACUAACACGCCACUUAUUGUAAAUUAUGUCCGGUCUGAAAGUGGUUCGCACUCGACAGUGUCGUUUUGCUUCGUCUCCAAUGUUCGUACAAAACUUUAUACAACGAAAUAAUCUCACAUAUGUUUGUUUUUUUAACACUUAUCAACUAUCUCUGAAACGUGUAUGCCUUAGUUAUUCCAUAAGACAUUUGGUCACAAUACAAUGCACUGAUUUUCUCUUGUAUAUCUGCUGAAUGAACUUGACCCCCCUCCUCCCUCCCUCCCUACUCCCCCUCUUCCUCAAGCUUUUGAAUAUUUUGGUCCUCUUGUACCAGUGUCGCAGUCUUCCCGUCGCCGGGCUCGCUGGGAGCUUCACAGCAUCAGCUUGUCAACAGUACCGAAUGUAAACAGUGCCGACCAAAGGUCCAACCCGACCGUUAGAUCACAGCGAGUCUCUGCUCUGCUUUAAAGCUUUACUUCCCAGAAGUGGGUCAAACCUGCUCCCAAAACAUAACACAUUCUUCCAGAGAUUCAAGUAAGUCUUGUUUAUUUAGGACAGUAAAUUCAGCUGGUUUGAUUUCCAAUGCAACGGCGCUGAUUUUCAAGGAGCAACAAAUUUAAUUGCAAAGUAAUUGUAAAAACAUUAAAAAUGUUGAUCGUUAUA